GCUCUGAUGUCCGACGGUCACACUACCAGAUUGUCUUUAAAAACUAGCGGCGUUUAUUUUGCAAAUCCUAUAAAGUUGGCGAAAAUAUAGUUUAAAAAAUAUAUAUAUAAAUAAUGUCGACUGCCCAGGCCACCAAGAACUGUAUCACACUUAAGGGUUCUGCCCAGAUAAUCGUGGAAUAUCUGAAAUACGGAAUCAACUCCAUCCUGUUUCAACGAGGCAUUUAUCCGGCGGAGAACUUUGACAGCACCCAGCAAUAUGGACUGACCAUCCUGAUGUCCAAGGAUCCUAAGAUCACGACUUUCCUGCAGAAUGUGCUAAGCCAAACAGAAGAGUGGCUGGCCAAGAACAUGAUCAACAAAAUCUCCAUGGUCAUCACGAACGCCCACAGCAAGGAGGUACUCGAGUGCUGGGACUUUAAGAUGCAGGCAGAACUGGGCGACGGCGACACGAGCGAUCCCGGCAAGCUUACCUCAACCAAGGAGCUGUCUCGCAUCCAGAACGAAAUCCGAGAUGUAAUGCGCCAGAUCUCGGCCACCGUUAGCUAUCUGCCGCUGCUCGAUUGUAUCUGCACCUUCGACGUGAUGAUACACACGCUAAAGAAUACAGAGCUGCCCGCCAAGUGGGACGAAACGGGAGCCAUUGUCAUCCAGAAUGCACAGACCGUGCAGCUGCGCUCCUUCUCCACGGGUCUGCAAAAGGUGGACACCGUGGUCAACUUCAAGAUGAGCUCCUAGAUCAGUCAUUCCAUUUUAAAUAUUUAUUCUUUUCUAUAUAUUUACAAAUAGUUAAAACCAAAAAAGUAACGUAACAUAUUUGAGAGUUGCAUUAAAAGCCAGUUGUGAAAAGCUAAAA